AUGACGAAAGAAAAAGGAUAUUUCGUUAAGUCUAUUAGAAUCAGACAAAUGGACGCUGAACUUCUUGGACAAACUUGGGACUUGAAGCUCUUGAAACCGGAAUGGGUAGACUUUAACUUUGGACUUCAACUUUAUGAUAAUACAGCUCUGAAGAAUUUGAAAUUGAGGAAUUUGAAGAAAGCAGUACUAAGGAAUCUGAAGAUGGGUUUGAUCUUGAUCAUGGAGAUCAUCAUCGGGAUCGGAGGUGGAUUAGGAAAAAUGAUCAGGGACGGACAUCAUUGUGCAUGGGCAAUAAAGGGA